AUGCAGACCUCUCUAUCUUCUUACUUCCGCAUCAGCAAGGGUGACACCCGCACGUCGGUGAUCCUUCCACAGAAGCGUCUCAAGCUCAAUGUCACACCACAAGUUAGCGAGCCAGCUGCUGCCACCAUUCACGCUGGCACCGAGGUUGUCUCCAAGAACGAGCAAGCCGUGCUAGACAAAACCCCGGUUGAGGUGGUCGAGCUGAUUGGCAGCUACCUCGAGUCCGACCAAGACGUGAAGAACUUCCGGUCCACCUGCAGACAUAUCCGCCACAACAUAGAAGGCCACAAUGGCUCCUUCUGGCGAGAUCGCUUCCUCGCGACCUUCGACCAACCCCACCAGCAAAUGAACAGUUCUGACUACAAGAAGAUGUACCAAUCGCGCAAGAGCAUGUUCGCUACCGGUGCCACUUUCACCUUUGGGUACACCUCCAAGGAAGUGCAGUGCCUGUCGAUGCUGAAGAACAUGGCAGUCGAGUCAUUUAUCCAGUACAAACGUGGCGAAGCUAUCCCAAGUACCGAGUCCAAGAAUGUCACCUACCUGAUGCGCUUCGCACAGAGUCACGCUAUUCUGGACGCCGUCUUCAACCCAUACCACAAAGCAACCUACGAUCGCAACGGUGAGCGGCCACCACAGCCACUCCUCCAGACUAUCCAGGUCCUCCUCGCCCCGUGCCUAUUAAGCCUCGACUUCGGCAAGACAGCGUAUCGCUACCCCGAGUCACAGCAGGCAGCAUUCUCUGCUACACCAUGGCUAGGUGGCGCUUACAACCUCAAUGUCGACAUGCAAUUGGUGCUUCAUCAGCUCAACUACUGGCGCUACCAUUUCAUCAGCAACGGAGAAUGUCUCCUGGAUGCAUUUAGAGAUCUCGAAGACAAGGAAAGGCCCCGCUUCUGGCAGAAGCAGCUCGGACAAGGUCAGAAGGCGAAUGUCGGAAAACGCUGGAAAGGGGCUUAUUCUUUCUGCGACAACCAUGAAGAUGUUCUGGAGAUUCGUCGUGGCAACAAUGGAGACUCGCCCAUCGAGAGUCUCUUCAAUGGACAAGAGAGCGCUCCGGACGAGUUCCAAGACCUUCGCCUCCAGCUUCAGCCCGAAGGAGAGUCCACCUGGCUUCCCUUCUUCGAAGAGAUACUCCAGUCUCUAAAGCAGCCGGAAGCGAAAGUGGUCACACGCUCUCAGAAAGCUUCCAUUCCAGUUGAUGAGCGUGAUCAAUGGGCAACACAGUCUUACCGCUUUUCUGGAGAGGGUACCGACGCUGGAGGGCCGGUCUUCUACGAUGGCUGGAUCAACCCACUUCCACCACAAGAAGGCGUUCCCGGCUGGCAGCGCAUGACGAUGAUGAAGUACCAAGCUCUCGACGAAGAGGGAACCAUCGAUUUCGAGUCUCUGUACGCUUACGAGGGAAUCGUCCUGCCUGGCGGUCAGAUCUUGGUGGGACGGUGGUGGUCUCCUCACAGCGAGUACGGAGAGGAUAUGUACUCGGGUCCGUUCAUCAUGUGGUGUGUUGAUGACGAGGAUGAUAAGAUCGCGGCUGCCGCGAAGGAUGGAGAGGAUGCUUGA